AUGCAGUCGCAAACCAACUCUCAGCCUUGGAACGUGCCUUCGGAUGUUCAGAGCUUGCCGUCCGUCGACGAUCGCUCCACCGUCGCACGCCCAUCUACCGUCAAGCGCAUUAUUAGGCGCAUGGGUCUGUCGAACACAGACGGCGAACACCUAUCCCAUCUUCAAGGUUCCUCCAGUUCGCGUAGCUCCGGCAGUCUCGCGAAAAGCUUCGCGUCAAAUUCCGCACGAACGGUCGACAGCUAUCGCCCAGCCGGUCUCUUCACGCGUAUGCUGGAGGGGCGGUCAUCUCGGGAGGAGCUGCCCGACGUCGCCGACAUGCUAGAGGACGACAAUUUGGCAUGGGGAGUGCCGGCCAAGUCGGCCAAGCCCCGUCGGCGGUAG